UUCUCGACUUGUUUAGUUAGUUACAGUCACAAAAUGUGGUUUAAAAUACUUUGCACAACAUUAAUAAUAAAUGCACAUGCAAUACUUUCUGAUGCUAUUUAUAUUUCCGAGUUUAAUGAGACUAAUAUGAUUUCUUCGUUAAACUAUCAGUUAACCGAAUUGAGAACGGAGUUAGAAAGGCAAGAAAAGUUGCUGAAUGAUUUAGGCAAGAAAACAGAACUACAUCAUUUGAGAUCACACGAACGCAAUUGCGCCGAAGCAACUGUCAAUUCAAAGUCUAGUGGGAUCUACGAGAUACUUAUUCCCAGCUACAGUAAACACCCCUUUAGAGUAGCUUGCGAUGCGGACACUCGAGGGGGUGGUUGGACUGUCAUUUUGAGUCGUAUGGAUGGAAGUGUGGACUUUUAUCGAAAAUGGAAUGUUUAUAAAAAGGGAUUCGGAGAUCUGGAUGGCGAAUUCUUCUUGGGUUUGGAUAAAAUACAUGCCCUGACGGCAGUGCACAGUCAAGAGUUACUUGUAAUUCUCGAAGAUUUUGAGGGAGUGGAAAAGUUUGAGACGUAUGAAAAAUUUGCGAUCGGCGAUGAGGAUGAACUAUAUGUCUUACACACUCUUGGCAGAGCCAAUGGAACUGCUGGCGAUUCACUCCGAGUUCAUCAUUGCAGUAAAUUUUCUACCUUUGAUAAUGAUAAUGAUCUUGAUUCGGUUAACUGCGCCGAAAUGUACACUGGCGCCUGGUGGUACAAGCAAUGCCACGACAGCAACUUGGCGGGAAAAUAUAAGGAUAUUGUUUACAACAAGGGCGUCAUUUGGAACACUUUUCGGGGGUCCUAUUACUCACUUAAAAAAGCCGUAUUGAUGAUACGGCCAAGAAAGUAAACCUAUUUUCUGCAUUUAAUUUAUAUAUUUUUAAUUUUGAAACACAGAAUAAAAUAUUAUUUAAAUGUUAAGUU